GAAAGAGUUUUCCGGUUGCUGAAGGAGUCUCCAGGGCAACCAUUUUUUUCUGCCAAUCUCAGCCUUGUCCUUCGCGUGAAGCCUCUUGGGAGAUGUAGUCCUUGUUGCGAAGGCCACAAUGCUCCGCGGUGGAUGCGGCGGACCUUCGGUCAGGCGGGGCUGUGCGCUGCCCAGCCCCUAAGAGAGCCCGGGAUUCCAGUUCCCGCAACCCUCGGAAGGUUCAGUCUUCAUGAGGCUAGGACGGUGGCGGUGUAUCGGGAUGCGGUUCCUGUUUUUAACGCUGAUAGCCUUUGCCUGCUUUGAGAGCGGGACCCCUGUCAACGGGGGCUGGGAGCUGAGUGGGCACCUGGCCCUAGAAGAAGAGGAGCAGUGUACGGUGGAUCGAAGAGCAAACCUAACUUAUGCAGAAUUCAUCCAUCAAUACGCCUUCUCUAGACCUGUCAUUCUACAAAGACUCACUAACAACUCGCUGUUCCAGGACUUGUGUUCCAAAGAGAAGCUUCUGGCGGAAUUUGGGGACUUCAGGAUACGACUGAGUACCGCUAACACAUAUUCUUAUCAGAAAGUGGACCUCUCUUUCCAAGAAUAUGUGGAACAGUUGCUGGAGCCUCAAGACCCAAAAUCCCUAGGGAAUGAUACACUUUACUUCUUUGGGGACAAUAACUUCACUGAGUGGGGUGGAUUGUUCCAGCACUACUCCCCACCUCCUUUUCGUCUCUUGGGCACUAAGGCGGCCUACAGUUUUGGAAUCGCAGGUGUUGGCUCUGGAGUACCCUUCCAUUGGCACGGGCCAGGUUAUUCUGAGGUGAUCUUUGGACGAAAGCGCUGGUUCCUGUAUCCUCCAGAGAAGAGGCCUGACUUUCACCCCAACAAAACUACCUUAACCUGGUUACGGGACACAUACCCAGCACUCCCGAUCACUGAACGGCCCCUACAGUGUACUGUCCAGGCUGGUGAGGUGCUGUAUUUCCCUGACCGUUGGUGGCACGCCACCCUGAAUCUGGACACGAGUGUCUUCAUCUCUACGUUUCUGGGCUAGAAGUAACAGCAUCCUCCAGGUUGAGGCUGAUCUGUUGCCACCUCUGACUCUGAGUGCUGUUAAUUUAUUGCCACAAUUUCCCUAUAAUGAAGUAAUGGUGCUGGC